AAAUUAGAUAUUCCCGAGUCUUAAUCAUCUACACACUUUGAAUAACAUUCAAUGAUUAUAGAAUAUCAAAGUACUUUGAAAACACGGAGCAAGUUUCAUUUUUACUUAGUACUUACUACUAGUACUUGUGGUAACUUUAAAUUCAUCUUGCUACUAGUAAUAAAUGUAAAUCGUUCAUCGAUUUAGAUUUCAAAGAAACAUGCCGCCAAAAGGAAAGCAGGGCACUAAAGGUGCUAAACAGAUCGUAGAGGAAAACAAGAAAACACUGCAGUUCUAUCAGUAUGUUAUUGGAGGAGUUAAUGUUGGUUAUAUACUAUUACAAUAUUUUCUCUUCUGGGAAUAUUUCACUGCACUUUAUGUGUUCCUGUGGCUAUCGUCAUUAGCUGUGUGCUUGGGUAGCUACCAGUUCAUGGCCAGUAUGGGCAGAGCGAAAUUCUCCACAGAUGGGGCGCUUCUGGACAGCGGAAUCGAUCUGAACAUGGAAUCAGGAAUGGCAGAGCACGCCAAGGAUCUAAUCCUCCUCACUAGCAUUGUACAAAGUCUUAGUCUAAUAUCAAAUUACUUCUGGAUACUGUGGCUGCUGGCUCCAGCCCGUGCUGUCUACAUGUUGUGGGUUAAUAUUCUGGCACCCUGGAUAUUUGCUCCUGCCCCAGAAAUAGAUGAGAAAAAACAGAAGAAGAUGGAGCGUAAAAUGAAGCGGCACUGACACAUUUCACCUCUAGGCAUUAAUUUAUUGUUUGAUUUGUUCACACUUCAUUCCUUUUAUUGAUUUUCAACUUUGUCUCAUGGUUGAUCUGCUUGACAGAUUCAUGUUUUUGAAAUGACCUUUCCAAGAUUGAGGAUCAGGAGGCGGAUCCUUUUUGCCCGUUUGGCUCUCUGCAACUUAAACAAUUUGAUUUACACAUGUAAUUACAAAUAUUUACGAAACAGAUAGGUCAAGGUUAAAAUUUGACUCCAGGUCAAGGUGUAGGUCACAUGUCGAGGUCAAACUAACCACAACAGGACUUGGUCAUGAUUUUGGCAUAUAAUGCUUCACAAACACAUCACAUCUUGUAUUUGUAGAAGUUUUAAGAAUUUCAUUGCAUCUCAUUACAUUUCUUGUGUUCAGUGUACAAUAGGAUGAUCAUGUACACUGUAAGUGGUAGGGUGUCUAUACAGUCUACAUGGAUUUUGAUAAUACACAGCUCUUUGGGUAUAUCAUUUGAAACUAAGCAUGUUUCAUUUUUGUAAAAUAAAAAUAUGCAAAAGAAAUUAUUUUAUUUAUCACUUUGCACUUUCUGAAUGUAGCUUGUAAUUGAGUCAUUUGUACUUAAUUUUCAGAGGUCAAUACCUGCUAAAUUUCAUUGACAGACAUUUUUAAAACAGUGCUAUAGUCAGAUUUACGUAUUGGGGUGUUAUUUUAACUUUGAUUGCAGUUUGCAGCAAUGCAACUGUUUAGCAUGUUGAGCAUCUGUCAUAGAUAGAAGUAGAUAUGAAACUGAAAUCUUUACAAUCAUCCAUAGGUAUUGAAAAAUAUUUAUAAAUGCAAAUCUUUUAGUAUUUCCUUUCAAAUCUUUAUAAGUUGAAUAACUUUAGAAGAAGAAAACUUAAUGACAUGUGCUCUAUACAUUUUGUGACACAGGCUGUGCCCCCCUUUCAGUGGUGUAUAUCCAACAACAAAUACUUGGAUUCGCUGUCCCGGACAUACUCUACAGAUGCUGAAUGUCUUGUAGUUUAAAAUGUGAUAUGGAUAUUGUGUAUGACAAUUAAGAACAGGUUUACUUUUUUGUAAGACACUUGUGCAUUAUGUUUCUAGAUUCAGUGCAAUUAAAUAAAAUGAAGACUGAAACUCA